GUAAAAUGUGGAACCUCGGAGCCGCAGACAGAAUGCGGCGACCGAGUAGUCCGGUCCAGGUCGCCAGCCGACCGACUACAGUGCAACGCAGCCAUCGAUCUAAAUUAUUCAGUGUUUCAAUGUUAGCCAUCAUAGUAGUGUUAGUGUUUAACCUUAAUGUUGUCAUAGUAUCGUGUAAGCACCAUCGCCAUCAUAGCGCAAGUAGCGAAGAGUUCAAGUUCGAUCCAACGAACAACUUCAUUAGCAUAGUCCUGCCUCAUGAUACAUAUCCCGGCUACAGCAUCCAGAAGUUCACCGCAAACUUCACCAGCCCAAACUCCCCCUUCUCGUCGAUUUCGACCUACUCGUCCAAGCCGCUCAACUACCGGCUGCUCGAGACCGACUACUCCAAGUACUUUACCGUCCUGGACGAUGGUAUGGUCAUGACGACCUCGGAUCUCUCCCCACUAGUCAACCGACCGGUGAAACUGGUCGUCCUGGAGGAGACUCCGAACUCCACUGCCACACACCAGCUACAGCUGUACAUUAUGAACCGUAAGGACAUGCUACACUUCCCCAGUACCCUCGGCGAAACGGUCGGUGAAUUAAUCGAAAACAAGAACGCCGGUACGCGAGUUCGCGAACUUCCGCUCCUACAGGCAAAUUCCGCGCGCGGUGCCAAAUCGGUUAUUUACGCGAUCGGUAACGGUAACGACGGUCAUGAAUUCGCCCUUGAGGACAGUAGCACCGGUGAGAUCAAGCACACUGUUCGCAUCGACGACACACGAAAGCACGGUGUUUGGCUCGUUUCCAACAAGCCACUGGAUCGCGAAUCUAAAGACAAGUAUACGGUUGUGGUCGUGGCUACGGAUCCGAAGAAAAUCAACAAAGCUCAAGUUAAGCUGCAAAUCAAAAUCAUCGACGUCAAUGACAACCAUCCAAUCUUCACCAAGCCGGACUAUCGCUUCAUGGUCAACGGCGUCAAGUCAACGGAUAAUUAUGGUAAUGAAACCAUUUCCUGGGAACGGUUCACUAGCGUCGGAAAGGUCGAAGCCAAGGACGCCGAUGGCGAUAAGGUUGCGUACCGUCUGACUAGCCCUAGCAAUACGGUCGUGAUCGUCCCACAAACUGGUGAACUUCUGCUGGCCGGAGAACCGGACACGUCGGAACUGUUUAUCGACGUUGAGGCACAUGACAUCCGCACGCCCAGCUUGAAAAGCGAAAAACCCGCUCGGGUCCUGAUCGAGUUCGUCGCUCCGGAUCCAAUUCCGGUGGUGAUGCAGCACAUGGGACACGAGUACCAGCAUUCGCACCGUCGCGACAAACGUCGGGUUACGCGAGCCGUUCGGCCUACCAAGAGAAUCGAGUUUACCGAAGCCGACGGUGAUACGGAAGGUCGCAAUGUGUUCCAGCUGGAGAAGGAAACCGACAAGGAAACGUUCAAGAUCCGCGACGAGAACCCGUGGGUCACGGUCGAAACGAAUGGCGCCGUGCGGGUUAAGAAGAAGUGGGACUACGAGGAACUCGGACCGGAGAAGACGAUCGAUUUCUGGGUCAUCAUCAGCUUCCAGGGACAGCAAGGGAAACCCGGCAACAACGGAGAGGGUAAUACUAUCGGUGUAAUAAGAAUAUCGAAACGAUAUGGUUCCGUAAGUAGCUCUCAGGGAGGAUACAAUUCUCAUUUCAUCGGCGUAACAAAAUAUACAAAGUUAAGUUCCUAACAAUAU